AUGUCCCUCCCUGCCCCCGCCCACCCACUCGACCCGCUCAGCCCCGCCGAGAUCGCGGCCGCCGUCGUGGCCGUCAAGGCCCGCGUCGACGAGACCGAGAAGGGCGAGCACCGCACUUGGUUCAAGAGCAUCCAGCUCGUCGAGCCUCCCAAGAAGCUCCUCGCACCGUGGCUCGACCAGUGGCACGCUGCUGGACGCGGUCACCGCAACAUCCUCCCUAGGCUGCCGCGUCGCGCGGUCGUGCUUAUGGGCAUCAAGCGUCCCCACAGCACUACUUGGAACGAGAUCUUCAUCACCCUCGACGGCAAGGCCAAGGUCGCCGAGGUCAUCCCCACCCCCACCCACCUCCACGUCCCCCCCGACAUGGCCGAGAUGGUCGCUGCCGAGGAGGCUCUCCUUGCCCACCCCGAGUUCCAGCGCGUCCUUGAGAAGAUGCAGCUUCCUCCUCACGCCCGCGUCGUUGCCGACGGUUGGAUCUACGGCGCCGACUCGACCGAGCAGUCCAAGCGCCACACUCCGUUCAUGGUCUACCUCAACCUCACCAACGGCGAGCACGAGGACUCUUGCCACUACUCUGCUCCCCUUCCCAUUGUCCCCGUCAUGAACUCGGACGACUUUUCGCUCGUUCGCAUCGACUACUGCCCCAUCUUUGGCACGGGCGAGAAGACUAUCCUCGACCUCGACGGCCCCUUCCCGUGGCACCUGUACACUACAAACGAGUACGACGCUUCGCUCGUUGAGGCCUCGGGCGUCGCGCUCCGCGACGACGUCAAGCCCUACCGCGUCAUCCAGCCCGAGGGUGCCUCGUUCAAGAUGGAGGGCCGUGUGAUCAACUGGCAGAAGUGGAGCUUCCACAUUGGCUUCAACUACCGUGAGGGCCCCGUUCUCUCCGACAUUCGCUACGACGGCCGCAAGGUCUUCUACCGCCUCUCGGUGUCGGACAUGACUGUUCCCUACAGCGACCCCCGCGCCCCCUUCCACCGCAAGCAGGCGUUUGACCUCGGUGACAUUGGUGCUGGUCUCACCGCCAACUCGCUCCAGCUCGGCUGUGACUGCCUCGGCGAGAUCCUGUACCUCGACUUUGACCACUUUGGCGUCAACGGACAGCCCGAGGGCGUCAAGGGUGCCGUCUGCGUUCACGAGCAGGACGAGGGUCUUGGCUGGAAGCACACCAACUUCCGCACCAACAAGCCCAGCGUUGUCCGUAACCGCGUUUUGGUCAUUCAGACCAUCAUCACCGUCGCCAACUACGAGUACAUCUUUGCGUGGAAGUUUGACCAGGCUGCCGCGGUCCACCUCGAGACCCGCGCGACUGGUAUUCUCUCGACCGCCGCCAUCCUCCCCGGAGAGGUGUCGCCUUACGGCAACGUUGUGUCGCCUGGCUGUCUCGCCACCAACCACCAGCACCUGUUCAGCGUCCGCAUUGACCCCGCUGUUGACGGCCACAACAACACGGUUGUGCAGGAGGACUCUGUGCCCAUGCCUUUCGACAAGAAGAACCCCCCCGAGAACAACAAGUGGGGUGUCGGCUACACUGUCGAGAAGACUCCCGUUGUCCGUUCGGGUGGCUUUGACGCGGCGCCAGAGAAGAACCGCGUGUUCAAGAUCACCAACCCGUCCAAGAUCAACCCGAUCUCGGGCAAGCCUGUGUCGUACAAGCUCGUUCCCACGCCUUCGCAGUUGAUGGUUGCGCACCCCGACUCGAUCCAGUACGCCCGCGCCGAGUUUGGCGAGCACCACAUCUACGUGACCAAGUACCAGGACGGCGAGCUGUACGCCGGUGGCAAGUGGACCAACCAGAGCAACGGCAAUGCCGAGGGCAUGCGCUCCUUCAUUGGCCGCAACGACAAGACUGAGAACGAGGACAUUGUCGUCUGGCACACGUUCGGCCUGACACACAACCCCCGUGUCGAGGACUUCCCCGUCAUGCCCUGCGAGACGCACGUGUUCAGCAUGAAGCCCAACGACUUCUUCUCCAAGAACCCGGCCAUCGACGUGCCCCCCUCCACCCAGACGUUCAACCAGUCCAAGCUGUUUGACGCCAAGGACUGCUCGGGAUGCAAGGACGGCGGCUGCGGGUGCAAGGCAAAGGGCGUGCCGUGCCACUGCAAGGCCGGCGAGUGCAACCGCACCGGCAAGCUUUAG